GAGAGUGCGACAGCGGCCGCGGCCGUGUUGAGGUUGACGACUUGUCUUGCGGUCCGUCUUUACUCGUAUUUUAAUGCGAAAGUGAACAUUUCUUUUGACUGAUUUUGACGAGCAAUUUUAAGGAGUACCGGCCGUGGCGGGUGUGGCUUAGUCGCGUCCCGGAGGACGCAGAGGUGAGUGAAAGCGCCGACGUCGGAGGGCGUCUCGGCUCGGGAGUCAACAUUUGGCGAAUAUCGAUUCAAACGGGCUUAUCUCUGAGAUGACUUCAAUGGAAAGGAGGAUAAAACUCAGAACUUUAAAUCUCCACAUCACCUGUAAAAUAUGCCGGGGCUAUUUGGUAGAUGCAACAACAGUAACAGAAUGCCUGCACACAUUUUGCAAGAGCUGCUUAGUAAAACAUCUGGAAGAAAACAAUACGUGUCCAACAUGCACCAUUGUUAUUCAUCAAUCACAUCCUCUCCAAUAUAUCAGUUUCGAUCGCACCAUGCAAGAUAUUGUUUAUAAGUUGGUUCCCGGUUUUCAAGAAAAUGAAAUUAAGCGUGAAAAAGAAUUUUACCGCCUCAGAGAUUUACCUUACCCCAAGGAUAUUCCAGCCAUGGGCUCAGAAGCGGAGACUGAACGACCCUCUGCAAAUGGGGUUCCCGAAUGUGACUUCCAUCGCAUGGAUGAACAGGUUAAUAUUGGCUUAGAAUGCGCUGUAAGCAAUCUGAAGAGUUUAAAACGUAGAUUUCUUAGAGUUUCUUCUCACGCAACUAUAACACACUUAAAGAAAUUCAUUGCAAAGAAAGUACUUGAUGGAAUUGAAAAAUAUAGAGAUAUUGAUAUUUUAUGCAAUGAUGAACUUCUUGGAAAAGACCAUACACUUAAAUUUGUUUAUGUCACAAGAUGGAGAUUUCGAGCUCCACCUCUUCGGUUGCAAUAUCGUCCAAGGAUAGAUUUAUGAGUUACAAUUUUUGUAUCAAACAAAUUUAUAUUCAUAGAGAUUUAUACAUGCAUUCAAAUCCUUUGCAUGAAUUGUUAGAACAUUUUCAUUAUCUUCCUACAAAUUUUCAGCCAAAUUUUCAUUUUUGUUUGGUUGUAGUCAAUGUAAGGUAUUUUUGGUUACAAGCUAUGAACUCUAGAAAAUACCAAAACCUUGGGAUUGAUUAUACUUUCUUUUGGUUCUUUUUGAACUGGGUUGUUUGUAUUUAAUUUCUUAUUAUCCAAAGUUGACCUGUUCCACUCAUUGAGCUCCAAAUAUUGAAUUACUGUGUCAGCUUUUGUACUAGAACUUUGUUUUUCAUUGUUGAUUGUUUUCUUUAUUUUACCUGUUCUGUUCCAUUUAUUUUUUUCCCCUUUGUGAUUUGUAUAGUGUUACCAUUUAGUUUCCUUUUGUCUUGUCCUUGCCACUCUUCUUUUUUUUUUUUUUUUUUUUUUUAAUGUUUCAAGCAGACAAGGGCUGCUUUAUUGGACUUUGCAAUGUCCUAAAUGGAUGUGCAAUGUUUGAGAAAGGGCUUUCAGGUUUUUUUGUUUGUUGUCUUCAAUUAUUUAAUGAAAUUGUAUCUUGAAGGUUGUUAUAAAUGAAAUUGCAAAUCAUACUAAUUUUUUCUACAUGUCAUCACUUAUUUUAAUGGACUGAUGUUGAUUUUGGACCAAUACUAUACUAUGCUAUAAACAUUUAGUGAUUAUGUUUAUUCAUACAUUGAGUGGUGUUAGUCCUUCUUGUAUUACUUUCUGUUCUAAAAUGUUAUCUUUGCCGAUUCUUGUAGUGGUUCCUUUACACAAACUACACCAUUUGUGUCAAUUUUAAUGAGAGCUUAGUUGAGAUGAAAUUAAUUUGACUUAUGUUUGCUUCUGUCUCUCAAAGUCCAACACAAGUCUUUGUUUAGAGUGCAGAUUACCCUAUGUGUGAGGCUUGUUUAAAAUCAAUUUGAAGCAGAUGGCCAAGUAGUGUUGAAUCAAAUAUUACUGCUUUGCAAAUGUUAACAAUUUAUUCAUUGAUUUUUGAGUGCACAGUAAUGUCCCGAAAAGAAAUGAAAUUUUGUGAUUGUAUUAAUUUACUUUGUCGUCAUUCAUGCCUUGCAUAAAGGGCAGUUGAAUCUGUUCAAAUUUAGAAUGUAGUGAAUUAUUGUGAUAUUACCUCAAAUUGAUGAACAGGGAAUUCAUAAAUGCAUUUUCUAUUUUUAUCAUCAAAGGUUUAGUUGUUUAACUUGAGUUGAAAUUAGCUCAAGUUCUUGUUUAAGUAAUCCUUUUUUUUUUAAAAAAAAAAAAAGAAAAUCUUAUAAUUUGAAGGUUUAUGUGGCUUGACUGAUGUGAUUGUUUUAAGCAUAUUUCGUAACUUAAGCUAAACUAUUUACGGUCAUGUGUAUGUAAAUAAAACUUUCUGGUUAAUUA